CUGGAAAUCAUUCUCACAUCUCUCUCAAUCACCAUGGCUCCAGUUUCAGCUCUGGCGAAAUACAAGCUGGUUUUCUUGGGUGAUCAAUCUGUGGGGAAGACCAGUAUCAUCAGUCGCUUCAUGUAUGAUAAAUUCGAUAACAAUUACCAGGCAACCAUAGGUAUUGACUUUCUAUCGAAAACAAUGUACCUAGAAGAUCGAACAGUUCGAUUGCAGCUUUGGGAUACUGCAGGACAGGAAAGAUUCAGGAGUCUUAUUCCAAGUUACAUUAGGGAUUCCUCGGUGGCAGUCAUUGUCUAUGAUGUAGCAAGCAGACAGUCCUUCCUGAAUACAUCAAAUUGGAUUGAAGAAGUGCGUGCCGAACGGGGAAGUGAUGUAAUCAUUAUGCUUGUUGGGAACAAAACAGAUCUUGUGGACAAAAGGCAAGUUUCGGUAGCGGAAGGAGAAGCCAAGGCUCGUGAGAUCAAUGUUAUGUUUAUUGAAGCUAGUGCCAAAGCUGGCUUCAACAUCAAGGUUCUAUUUCGGAAGAUAGCAGCUGCAUUACCUGGAAUGAAAACACUUUCUUCGACAAAGCAAGAAGACAUGGUGGAUGUCAAUCUUAAGUCAAGCAACACAAAUGCACCUCAGUUGCCGCAAGAGUCCGGAGGAUGCGCCUGCUAGUGCCCCAAUCAUUCAUCCCAACACAGCUUUUAAACCAGAAAAAAAAAGUUGUGCUUCCAUCAUCCUACUAAGUGUAUGUAAAAGAAAAGGAAUUUUUCUUUGUCGAAUAUUUGAGCAUAUAACUUGAGAGAGAAGAUUUGAUAUGGUAGUUAGGCUAGUCCCAAAGUCC